AUUUAGCCAGCGUGCAAAAGAGGAAAUUAAACAAAUUGCAUCUAAAGGAAAUGAAAUUCAGAAACAAAUGGCAGAGAAGCUCUUGCAAACAAUCAAUCUGAUCAAUGAAACUGUUGGAGACGCUAUAUCUGAUCUGCUCCUUGUUGAAGUUAUACUUUCUGAACUUGAUUGGAGUGUUGAUGAUUGGAAUGCCAUGUAUACUGAUUAUCCUAACAAGCAGAUGAAAGUCAAAGUGCCUGAUCGUCAAGCUAUUGUUACUACAAAUGCAGAAAGAACGUGCGUGAAACCUGCUGGCUUACAAGCAAGUAUUGAUUCUGCUGUAGGUCAAUAUUCAAAAGCUAGAGCUUUUGUUAGGCCAUCUGGUACUGAAGAUAUUGUUAGAGUUUAUGCUGAAGCGGAAACUCAGGAGGAUGCUAUCGCUUUAGCUGAAAAAGUUUGUUCCUUAGUGAAGAAAUUCACAUCUGAUUAAUGUAAAUAAUUUUUAACAGAAAAUAUUAAAUAUUUUUUUACUUAC